CGUGUAGAAAGUAAAAAGGUCAGACAGAGCAAUUGACCUUCGUAUUCUCAUCCAUGAAAAACAUACAAAAAAGGAAAUUUAAAAAGUAACAAAGUUAAUAAAUGGAUCAUGAGUCAUCAGGUCACUUAUGAGUUGUUGUUUCGCUUCCGUAAUAAUGACAUAUUUAAAACAACUCUCUUCGGACAAAAUUAAUUUACGAAGGAAUUAGAAUUUGAAUUGUCAUUAUGAAACCAUUUUUAUUUGUGAGUGUCUUUCUGGCUGUUAUCUACAAUGGAAAUUGUCUGAAAUGCAAUAUAUUCAGCACCGUACAAGGCGCACACCUUGUCUCUAAAGACACCUGCAUGGGUGCUGAUGAUGCUUGCGUAACAAUUGAAUACAGUCUCCUAGGUAGACGUGUACAGGAAGGGCAAUGUACAAGAUCAAAUGGGAGAUGUGCACAGUCAUGUUCAACUGGAUUUCAUGAUGAUUGCAAGGUGAAAAAAUGCUGUCAAACAGAUCUUUGUAAUGGCCUUCCUGCUACCAGUUCAUCUGGAAUUCUAUUCAGCUCUACUGUCUUAGUUUUUGGAACGUUGCUUCCUGCAGUUGUCGCAUACACUUUGUAAUGUGAUAAAAGAUAAUUUAUCAAAAUCACGUGCCAAUUCAUUGUUUUUCUAGUUGAGUUUUUUUAGUUAGAUACGCAAUUUCCGUGAAUGUCGCAUCUUUUAAUAGCUUACAUCAAUGAUUUUUUGGUAUAGUUGUAUUAACCGACUUUCGUAGUUUUAUUUGUAUUAUGUUAUGUCGGCUGCGGUUAUUGUACUAGACUAGAAAAUGGCAUCCUACUAAUAGGACCUACAUAAAUGAUA